AGUCUUUCCAUUCUACUUCUACUCAUCCUCUUUCCUUUCGUUUCUUAAAUAGUUGUAACACUACUACUAUCCUCAAUAUCUGUAAUAUAAACUGUUAUUACUUCUGAUUGUGGUUAAUUUAGUGAUCAAAUCACACGUUAUUUCCCUUGUUAAUAGUUCAAAAUUUUAUAAUAUUAAAAUUAAUGAAUCUCAUCGCUCUAUUACAUCACCUUAAUCAUCAUAAUUAUAAAGACUGUCCUUACCAAGUGUGACCCUUACUAUAGCAUCAACAAUCUUUUGAUUGUGUUAUGGUUACAUUUUACCUUAUUAUUAUACACUGACUAUAGAGGUUAAUUUAAAUACCUUUUUUAGCUUCUAAAUGCUGUACCAUCGUCUAGUGCUUUAAACAUUUCUAACUCGUUACUCUGUUAUUUAUAGCUCAUGUGUUGUGCAUUUAUUUUGAUUUGACUCUAGAAUUAUCGUUGUUAUUGGAUUUGGUAAAAUGACUGCUGAGGUUGAGCCACGUGAAACUCAACAAUUGAGUUUGGAAAGAAGCAAUUGGCAGGAAGGAACUGAUGCCAAUGCCGAAAACCGUGUAAAUGAAAACAUUGACCAGAUACCAACUGUUACAGCUCGAUCUGCUAUACCAAGUGGACCUCUUGCUCUGUUUAAGAUUACUUCUUUCCAACGAAUGUUAAUAUUUUCUCUGAUGAAAUUAGGGAUUUAUCUGAACAAAUUAUAUCAAGAUUUUGGUGCUACCUAUGAAUAUAAGGAUCACCGCGAAUACAAUUUUUUUGCCAUUUCGAUUGUUUCGCUUGUUGCUCCAUCAAUAUUGUACGCCCUUUUUUUAAUUGGAGCCAAUUUGUCCAAGGAUGAUGUUGUUGACAAAAAGGAAGUCUCUACAAGAACUGUUAACGGUAUUUUAUUAAUACCAUGGCAAAUUAAACGUCACUUGGAUGUUUUGCAUUUCACUGCUCAACGAGUUUGUAAUUGGAGAUCUCCUUACGAAGAAGAAAGCCAGAAUCUUGAACAGUUAAAAAUGUCAGCAGAUGUAUUGGAAUUUUUUGAAGAUUUUUAUGCCGGUUUUCUUCAGAUAUUAUUACAAAUUUAUAUAUUUCUUGGUACCGUUGAUUGGAUAGAUUCUCAUAAGCUGCAAAUGAAACCAUUGGUGUCUCAAAUAAUUGCGUCAAUACUCAGCAUUUUUUCAAUGAUGAUUGCCGUUCGACGUCGAGAUGAUGGUAAACUUACUCAUUUUCUAUCUUUUUUCGGAUGGUUAUCCUUUAUCUCCUCUCGGGUUCUAGUUUUGGGAUUGGUAACGACUGUCAUUCACUCCUGGGUGAUAGUUCUUUGCUUAAUCCAUGUCCUCGUUUUUUCCAUUUGGAUAUAUAACAUUGCUCUUGAAUCUUACGGAAUCUCAAGCUCAUCGGCUAACAUGACAAAUACACAAUGGUCUAGUCGUCGAAAGCGUUUGAGCAUUGCUGUUAUGGUUUUCCUUUUCUUUGGAGUUCCAUCGCUUUUUAUCUGGCCCAUAAUGUUUCAAUUAAAAGAGGGUAAACGUCCAUUAAUUUUCCUUCUCGUUGCUACUAUUGAAAAUUUAUUGCUUCUUGGUGUUUGGUUGAUUUGGUUAAUGAUAAAUGAAGGCUCUCAUCUCAAUGAUUCCCUUGUUUUGUUCAUUAUUGGAAUUGUUGCUGCUACACUUGCUGGUGAUUUCCUGUUAAUGAUGUAUGUUUUUUGUAAACCCAAGUAUACUGACCAAGUAAUUCUUUAUGAGAUUCAGCAAUCACGAAAUAUGGACGCACCAACUCUGGUUCGCUUGGAUGGGGCCACAAAUCGUGCAUCAGAUGCAAUUCGGUAUGGGGUUUUUUAUGCGUUUUGUGACAUUGUCUUCAAAUUACCUUCAACACAUAAGAUUGCUUCUGGGUUGGAACAAGUAAGACAAAUGCAAUUAUAAUCAACAAGUACAUCGAAAAAAUGUAAAUGUAUCAAUCCAGUGCAAUUACUUAACUUAUUUUCAUUUCAUUUUUUCGCAAUCUCCUAAAUUUGCUCUUUCCAUUCCACUGAUGACCAAAAACAAAUGAAAACGACGCAAAAUGUUAUGUUUAUGCUAAAAGUGUUACCCAAAAAGUAUUUUCUAUUACAAUUAACCUUUGUUUGACGAAAACUAUCCUCAUUAUUUCCAAUUGAAAAUCUCAUAUCUUUUGCUUACAAACUAAUAAUAUAAUCAAUAAUGCACAAAA